AUGAGACGUUUUGUUGCGAGGCACUCCCGCUACCUCGCUGGCUCCGCGAUUGAAGCGUCGUACCCACUUAAGAACGUCCGUAUCCUGCGCCAGUACCCCUCCCGCCUCUUCCACGCUUCCGCCGCUACACAGGUCGUGAAGCCGUAUCUUCUGGCAGACAUUGGAGAAGGUAUCACCGAGUGCCAGGUCAUCCAAUGGUUCGUCCAGCCGGGAGCCCGAGUCGAGCAGUUCGACAAGAUAUGCGAGGUGCAGUCGGACAAGGCAACAGUCGAGAUCACAUCGCGCUUCGACGGCGUCAUCAAGAAAUUACAUUAUGAGGCGGAUGAGGUAGCCAAGGUCGGAAAGCCCCUGGUGGAUAUAGAUAUCCAGAGCGAAAUCUCCGAGGAAGACCAAGCAAUUAUCGAGUCGCCAGAGGAGAAGGUAUCACAGACCUCCGGCUCGGCUCGAGAAAGCCAGCCCGCACAACCUACUGAGGCGAGUAGCUCAGAUAUAUCUGCCACGGAGCCUAGCAUCCAACCGUCUCCCCCAACGGGAAAGCUACCGUCUGGCAAACAUGCAAACCUGGCUACCCCGGCCGUGCGUCAUCUUCUCAAGCAGCACAACCUCAGAAUCGAAGACAUACAAGGUACAGGAAGGGAUGGCCGAGUGCUGAAGGACGACAUACAGCGCCAUGUUGCGUCCCCAAAGGACCAGAUGACAAGCAGUAGUCCAAUGCCCUCGGCCGCGCCUAUCGCCGGAGACCGUGACGUCCCUCUCACACCGAUCCAAAGGCAAAUGUAUAAAACCAUGACGCGCUCCCUCAACAUACCACAUUUUUUGUAUACCGACACUGUCGACUUCUCCUCCCUUAACAACAUCCGCCACAAGCUUGCUUCCCAACCCACCUCAACCACCAAGCUGUCCGCCCUCCCUUUCAUCAUCAAAGCCGUCUCCCUCGCCUUGACAUCACACCCCAUCCUAAACGCCUAUCUCGACACGGCGGACCCGGAGAAACCGCGCCUGAUCCAUAAGGCGCAGCACGAUAUCGGCGUUGCUGUCGACUCGCCGACGGGAUUGGUGGUGCCGGUAGUGCGGCACGUGCAGGCGCACAGCAUCGCGUCGCUGGCGGCCGAGAUUGUGCGGCUGGCGGGGCUGGCGCGCGACGGAAAGCUGACUGCCAACGAGCUGUCCGGUGCCACAUUUACCGUCAGCAACAUCGGCAGCGUUGGCGGCGGCGGCGCCGUUGCGCCCGUCAUCGUGCCCCCGCAGGUCGCCAUCUUAGGCGUUGGCCGCGCGAGGCCGGUACCCGCCUUCGCGGCGGAUGGAGUGACGAUCGUACGGAAAGACGAGUGCGUGUUCAGCUGGAGCGCAGACCAUAGGGUUGUGGAUGGGGCGACAGCGGCGAGAUGUGCAGAAGAGGUGAGGGCAUUAUUAGAGGACGUGGAGGGCAUGGUUGUGAAGCUUAAGUAA